UCUUCUUCCUGUCGCUAACUUGACUCUUGGUGCGUUGGAGGAGAGGGGAGAGGAGAGGAGAGAGAGACCCGCGGCGCUCCGAUUCCGCACUUCUCCAAAUGCCAUCCGACAACCGGGAGCGGCCUCGGACACCGGACGGAGGGCGAGGGCUGCGGCGGCGGCUGCGGCACCGCGACGCGGGGCACUCACCGGGAACAUGGCGGCGGGAACAACGCGCUGCUCGGUAACGGAGCGGUAGAUAAAUCUAAAGAGGACGGCCGCCGGCGAGGGGAGCGCAUCACUUAACACAGAGGCGAUGCGGGGGAACCUGAAGGCAGCCGCCCAUCUCUAAGCAACAACAACAACACAGCGCACACACCAUGGGCUACAAGAUCCCCGGGGCGGCGAUGGACAGAGUCAGCCUGCUUUGGCGCCUGAGGCGCCGGGCUCGCCGCGGAGUCCUCUGCAUGGCGUUCUUCUGCAUCUCCAUGGCUCUGCUCUACGCCAUCUGCGCCGAAAACAGCGUGCCCGUCACAGACGCCAUCUUUGGGGUCCGUGCGCGAACCCGGGCGCAGCCUCGUGCACACUCCGUCGCCAAGGUGCUGCGAGGUGGAGCCAAGCCCAUGUACAUCGACCCCCAGAAGCUGCCGGGGGUCGUCCCCGGCGACCCUCAGCGUCCAAUCCCCGUCCUCUCCUCUCCGAACCAAACCCGCUUUGACGCCGUGGACACGCCGUCAAAGCGGAAGCCAAAGGAGCGGGACCCCCCCGGCUUUUUCGCCCGGCUGCUGCCGCGCCCCUUCACCCGGGCGCUGGAGACCCUGUUUGGGGGCCGGCGGAGGGGGGAGCUCAGCGGCAGAGUCGGGGAAGCAGAGUUCUUCGGGCCUCACGGGCUUUUGGGAGAGGUGUGGGAUGACGAGAUGUCCAGUAGCAUGCUGGGAAGCAGGCUGAGGAAGGUGGUGCAGAACUACCAGGCGAUGAACAAGUACGGAGUGGAGUUCUCCGGUCCCGGCGGUGUGUCCAGCAGGCCCAAGCUGAGCGGUCCAAAGCUCCUCUGCCAGCUGAGGGACAAGAUAAAGGUCACGACUUUGACCAAUGACCUCGAGCCCUUCUCGUCGCUGCCCUGGGCCGUCCAGCUGCCCCCGAGCACCCUGAGCGCCGACCUCGGGCCGUACAGGAGCUGCGCCGUGGUGUCUUCUGCAGGGUCGCUGCGCAACUCCGGCCUUGGAAAAGAGAUCGACUCUCAUGACGCGGUGUUGCGCUUCAACGCGGCACCGACGACCGGCUACGAGAAGGAUGUCGGUUCAAAAACCACGAUUCGCCUCAUCAACUCACAGGUGAUGGCGUCAGAUGACCAUCAUUUCCUGUCCAGUUCUCUGUACAGCUCAGGUGCUCUUGUGGCCUGGGACCCCGCCCCCUUCUCCGCUGAUCUCACUCAGUGGUACAACAGGACAGACUACCCCAUCUUCACUCAGUACCAGAGAUACAGGAGGCUUCAUCCUAUGCAGCCCUUCUACAUCUUGCACCCUCGCUUUGAGUGGCAGGUCUGGCAACGAAUACAGGACAACAUGGCCGAGCCCAUCCAGAAGAACCCGCCCUCCUCCGGCCUGCUUGGAACGGUUUUGAUGAUGUCGCUGUGCGAGGUGGUGCACGUCUACGAGUUCCUGCCGUCCCGCAGGAAGACGGAGCUCUGCCAUUACUACCAGCGCUUCCACGACGCCGCCUGCACGCUGGGCGCCUACCACCCUCUGCUGUACGAGAAGAACCUGGUCAAACGGAUGAACCAGGGGCCCGACCGCGACAUCUACACCCACGGACGCGUCACGCUGCCCGGGUUCGGAAAGAUGAACUGCACCGAGGGCGCCGGAGGUUCAAUCAACCGCUGACUGGAAAACACCGAAGCAGUGUAGCACAAACACACAACCUCCCCCAACCCCCCAGACACACACACACACACACACACACACAAUGCAAAGCAGAAACCUGCAUGAAAAUACGUAGAUAAGAGGACAGAAGCAUGAACAUCAUUCUCACUGCUGGAACAACAGGAACGCUCACUCACUAUAAAUAUUAAAUGUUGUCACUAUAGGUAGUAAACACACACUGUGCAGUCCAAUCGACUGAUAGAUGUGCCUGCUGUUCACUCAUUAUAGCCAUUAGUACAUUCCACAGACAAUCCGUGUUCAUCACUAAAACCAACCCUUAAAUGGACCAUAGCGCUGUUUUUAAAAAGGUUUUUACCAUCAUAUUUGUUUUUAAAGAAAAAAAAAAGAUUUAGACACAUAUGGUAAUUAAGCUAUUCCAUAAACCUUUCAUAACAAUGUACAAUCAUAUAACACAGGAAAUACUUAUGAUUUUAAUUUAGAGAAACAUUUUACAGCUCUAUUUUCAGGGCUCUGAAAAACCAUCUAGGGUGUGUUGGCUUGAUGUCAGCUGUCUCCUUCAAAUGUGAUUGUAUUUGUUCUCAGACUGAGUCACAGUAAGAGAACGCCCACGUUAAGAUGGUUGACUUUUUAAAUAAAUGCAUCUACAUGUCUCUUCUCCCAAAAAAUGUUGCAAACGCAGCAUGCAAACAGUCUAAUAUAAAUACACCGAAAUGCAGAAGAGAUGUAGCCAUAUUCCUUUUAUAGGUAGUUGACGAGUUCUUUGCAGAAAUUCAAAUUCAAAAUUGUUUUGCCAAUACUGAAUGUUGGCAAAACAAAAAAACAGUGACGGGCAAAUAGUAAUAACAGAUGUAGGUAAACAUCUUAAAAUAAAAAUAAAUUCAAACUAUUUAUAAAAACAUACACUGAAAACAUGUAAAUCAAGACAGCUUGGCCAUACAUUUCUAACCUCAGUCGCACAAACUAGAAUCUAGAUCCAAUAGACCCCACAAGGUUUCACUGAAGAACGACAACUCAAACUCUGAAUGUCCGUCUCUACAUGACGCAUACACCUCAAUAAUUAUUCAUUUAUUGAGGAUAAAUGCUGCCUGCGGAAGAGUCUCAUCCAUACAAAGAUCCAACAAUCUCGCCAAAAAAAAAAAAAAAAACGUACUCAUGUAACCUGUAACAACCUUUUCCUAAGUCUUUUUUAUCAGUCAUACGUAGUGUCCAUAUUGAUGCAGUGACACUCUGAAAGGACGGUGUUUAAUGUGAUUCUAUGCCAUGUGAAGCACAGCUGGAGUUUUAUUAUUCAAGAUACAUAUUUACAUACUUGCUAACGUAGCUGCUAGCUUAGAAUAUAUUUCUAGUGGGACAUUUUAUUUAAUUUUUGGCACACUUUAUGUAUAAAUACUGAAAAAAAUCUGUCAUCUGGUUGUAUUUCACUUUUAAAAAAAAUUAGACUACUUUUACAUCCCUAUACAGUGUUUCCCCUAGGUUUACAGCUUCGGUGGGGGUUAAUAGGCGGGAAAACAGUUUGGCAAACGAGGAAACACUGCUAUACAAAAUUACAUAUUUACUGUAGCCACGGGGAGGAUGAGCUUAGCAUGACAACUGAAAGCAGGUAAACAGAGCUAGCCUGGCUCUUUCAAAAGGUCAAAGAGACGCUUACCGCCAUGGAGCUCACGUUAGCACUGCUGGUAUAAUUUUCAUGAAACUUGCAGCGCGGGCAAAGGAAGAACACUUAACAUUUUGGGUACGAUCUCGUAGUUGCAGAUACAAGUUGUUUUUACGGUCAUUCGAGUGUGGCCUUGUUAGAAGUUGGCGUUCGGCAAGUGUCCUUCUUGUUAACACAUUGUAUCUUGUUUGUCUCAUCAUUAAAAAUAUUUAACUAAAUUCUUGGGGGAUCAGGUGCUGGACUGUUAGUUGCUUCCAGGGUUUAUGCUGAAAUAUUUUGAUUUAUUAAGAGCCAACGAGUUAAUACAAAAAUAGUUUGGGCGAUUUCACGUUUUUUCCUUCUGGAAAUUCUAACCAGUUUACUUUCAGAGAACAGGACGGGGAUAGUCCUACAUUAAUAAAAUUGAUUUCUCAUUGUGUUUUUAAAAAAUGUUGAACUCUCGCACUUGUACUUUCAGUAUUACAGUUGAGGUAAGCCUUGAGUGUAUUGACUUUUAUUCUAUUACCACAAAAGCAUGUGUAGCAACAGGAAUACCACUCACACACAUCUGAUGAACAGAGAAAUGAUGCACGCAUGGCACGGAGUCUGCUUUAAUCCCAUUGCUUUUUCUUCACCAAGCGUGAUGUAAAACAUGCAUAUUGUUAUUAGCAUCAUCACGGGUGAGCUAGCUCAUUAGCAUGCAAACAACAAGAAAAAUUAGCUCCUUAGGGAUAGUAUUUGUCUAAACUUUAAGAUUUUACUGUUUAUAAAUAUAAUCUGGUCGGAUAGGUAGUUGAUAAUCCAUCUUUAACUUACAGUCCCAGGUUGACCGCGUCAAAAUGUUUUAGCAAAUUGUACAAUGGUAUUAUUCUGAAGAAGUAUGAGUUAAAGCAAUGUACAUUUAAGAGUUGUCUCGAUACCAUGACGAUGUGACCUCCCGUUAUGAUCACAAUUAAUCAGCUAAUUAAAUUAAAUCAUGCGUUCAAGCUCCUUUCAGAGAAAAUGUGUAAUGGAUAAAGACAAAUUAAAACAUUCUGUUUUCUGAUGUAAUCUUGCCAUUUUUUGUUUUUGGCGAGGAACUUUAACAAAUGCAGUUGUUUGGAAAGGUUUUCCUUUUUGUAAUAAACCUAGGGCGGGGCGGUAUACCGGUUUGAACGGUACAAGAUUUCCGUACGGUAGGAAUUUCUCACGUACAGCUCCUACCGUAACAACUAGGCCAUAACAACUAUGGCUGCACGGUAUUCCGGUUCAAAAGGUAUAAGAUCUCCUUACAGUAUAAAAUUCACACUGUUCAUACUAGUGUUAUGCCAUAACACCUGAAGUCGCUAUUCAGCAGGCGGCACAUUUUAUUUUUACAUGUCAUCACAGAGCGCCCGGAGCUAGUUGUCUUACGCAUGUUGAGAUUGAGUCAUGGUUAUAACAUCAAUGAAUAACCCACAACAAACUCUCUAUAACAGGGUAAAACACAACAACAGCUUGUGAUACAUAAACAUUUUGUAAUACUAAUAAUUGUACUUUUAUAAAAAAAUAUUCCCCGCCGAAAUGCAUGCUGGGUACAGCUCACAACAAGAAGUAACGCUGUUACAUGAAAACACGGAAAAGAGCGACACGGGAGGAACAACGAGAUACCGAAGAUGCAUCAACACAACUUGUGCCCCAAGAGGAUCGGUGUCCGUUUGGAGGGUUUUGGGUUUAGGAAAAUCUAACAUAAGCUCCGUUAGAUCAGAAAACAAUUUAUCGCAAAGUCUGUCGAGCCUCUGGUGGCAACACAGGCAGAAACAACAAGCUAACAUGCUAACGAGCUAACACGCUAACGAGCUAGCCAGUUACGAACAAAUUGGCCAGCUAGCGGCGAACAGCUGUUCGGGUAGCGGCGGUCCUUUUUGGGGUCAAUGAAUUAGUGUGUUUACUUGAAAAGGGAGUACCUCCAUAUACCGGUAAACCGUCAGAAUCUUUCUAAAUAUGGAUUUAAACAUAAGCACAUAAAACUAUCAACAAAAAGUAGACAUGCAGCGUUUUGUGUGAAUUGUUUUACUAGAACUCUAUUGUUUUAGUAUUUUCAGAGAUUUCUAGAAAUUCAUUUGAGUUUUUCCCAUUUCUGUAUUUGUAAAAUAGUUUCAGCUUCUGCCAUAUCUGUAUUUUCAGCAUUUUUUAAAAUUCACUCCUUUCUGUAUUUUCAGCAUGUUGAAAUGAAUUAUAGCUCUUCGCUUUCAGCAUUCCAACGCAUGCAUUUUCUCGUUAUUAAAAUUAUACGUUUGUGUUUUGAGGA